UUUAAAUCACGUAAUGAGUGAAGGAGACAGAUUUUGAUAUAAGGUAGAGAUUCUAGGUCUAAACCUCGAUUCGUUCUAGAACUGUGUGUGCUAGGUAUAUUGCUUAUUAAUCACAGUUUCCGUAGGAUUUUGUACGUUUUACUUUUGUCCUUUUUAAAGCUUUGAAACAAGCAUUGGGUGAUCGUCAUUGUACAGUUUCUCGAAGAGGACUGAAGAGGAUUCAAAACAUGUAAGUAAAAAUGUCUAAAAUAACAAUCAUGUGGUUAACAUAAUCGGCAAAUAUUUCAUUUGUUUUCCUUUCAUAUUAGCUCAGUACAAUUUAAGAAACCACAUGCCAUUAGAUAUUAAGUUUGAGUUUCCCAAUGGAGCAUCACCAUUUUGGAUAGUGUGAAUUAAUGAAUGUAUAUAGUGGCUUCUUGGGAAACCUGAAAGCCAAAUGGCUACUUUAAUUUUUGAAAACAAAGCAUUAUCAGAAGCUUUCAGAAACAUAAGAAGAUCGCGCCGGGAGUCAAAAAAAAAAGUCAUCUAGAGUAACUAUGGUAAACUAAGUUUUCCAUCUAGUGGAAAAAAAGUUUAGCCCGGUUUUUUCCAUUGAAGUAAUUUUCUAAAAUAAUUAUUUUGACUUAGUGGCUUGAAACCUCCCCGCAAAGACUCUUACGAGACAAAUUUAAUCGUCACAAUUCUUUACAGGCCUUUCGCAAAGAUUAUGCUACUGGUUUUUCUGGGCACAUCGAAUUCCUAUGUUGGUAAGUAGACCAGUAGACGGAACAUAUUUAAUUGAAAUUGAAACGUUACCUGAAGUCACCAGUUACGUCAUCUCCAUUCUGAACUGUGCUAGUGUUCGAAUAGUUUCUUGACGAAAAUUUCCAGAGGCACAAAGGUUGUUUCACAAAGAUGGAAAUGGUGAAGUGUCUUUUCUCCGUUGGUUCCUGUCUAUUUUAUGUAAAUUUGAUUAAAAAAGAUGACUAGUUGUUAUUACUUUCUUGCGUCUUAAUAGACACCUAUGUACCCUCAGUUCAUGGGAUAAAAAACCUCAGCCAACAUCACGCUGUCUCUAACGACUAAGUAGGCCGAUAGCGCAUGGCGUUUAUAUUCUCUUGCCGUAUCUAAGUAUUUUGCUUGUCGUCGAGAUAAGAGCUAAUAAUAACAAAAAUUCAUUAAGAAAUACUUCUCAUUAAGUCUUCGGUACUUUGUAUAUCUCUUUUUAACUUAUUUUUGUGACACCUCACCCAUUUCUGCCCGUUGUGCUCUCUAUUUUAAGCCAUAGGGCAGCCAUUAAAUGGAGGCAUAUACUCAGUAAACGGAAUGGUGGAUAUUCUUCCAAAUGGUGACGUGGAACUUCGCCUGGGUGCAAGAAAAGAAAGCAGUGGACCUGGUGCCCAACCACUUAGCCCCACACCUAUGUUACCUACAAGUGGCUACACUUCUGGAUCUUCCACUGGGCGAGCUGCCAAUACUGGUACAGCACCAAUACCCGGAUCGACCUCCGGAUUCAGUACAACGCCAGGGUUCAGCACAUCGCCCAGAAUAAGGAAUGCAGGUACGACGGCACUGCAAUGACACAAAAAAAAAAACUCCUGAUAAAAUGAUGAUAACAAUAAUUAUUAUUGAUAAUAAUAAUAUGAUAAAACUGAAAAUAGGUUCCUGCCGGAAAAAUUAUAUUCUAAUCUUCGCGUCCUCGUAUUCUUAAAAUAAAAACUGAAUCGAACAUGACAAGUUCUACACUGCACCUAAAUGAUGACUUGUAUAAUUAAAUGUUCCAUAUCGCAGUGGAACAUUUCACGGAUGGUCGUCGUCUCCAUUUUGAUAAAUGGCGUAUGAUAUUCUUUAAGUUUUCUGAAAGUAGCACAUCUCGAUCAACAGCGAUCCUUCACAUAGUUAGGAAGAGGAACGGCCCUAAAAUACGGUCUAACUUUACGAAAUUCAAGUUUUCAUCUGCAGGCGACAACCCAAGACAAGUUGGACUUAAUUUGCACAACGACUACCGCAGAGUACACAAUGCUCCAAUAAUGAGCCUUAAUUCCCAACUUAACGAUGACGCUCAGAGAUAUGCAGAAAAACUUGCCCGUGAGAGUGUUUUUGAACAUGACAAAAACAAUAGAAACCAAGGAGAAAACCUGGGGUUACAAUGCGCCAGUGGAAGUGAUGCAGAUCUGGUUAAGAAGGUUGUUGAUGCAUGGUAAGCUUCAUCUGAGGCAAUGCAAGUUUGAUAAAAUAUAAUUUGAACUUGACUUUCGUUGAUUUGGAAUAAAGCUCAGAACAAUUCCCAGAUGAGCCAGUGUUGAAUGUAUUCCGGGAUUAAAUUGGUUUUGCUUAAGGUUGCUCUAUAACUGUUUCUACAAACGUCGCUGAAAUUAGUUUUAGUUUUAGUUUUUCACUGAGCGGCAUCCCUUGAAGUUAUUACUGACCAAGAAAAACAUGCAUUGAAUCGUCUGCCCAUCAAUAAUGGGGUGUUGUUUCACAAAUAUGCGUGCCAUUGCAGUGCUACAAGAAUAACUUCUGAUCCGCUGUCUCAUUUUUUAGGUAUAAAGAGGUUUGUGAUUACAAUUUCGACAAUCCUGGAGUAAGUUCUGGGGUUACUGGUCAUUUUACUCAAGUUGUGUGGAAAACAAGCACCAGACUUGGCAUUGGGUUCGCCAGGGGAAGUUACACAUUUGGCUCACAAAGAUAUGACAACUGCCUGUUUGUGGUCGGCCGAUAUCUAGAACCAGGAAACUUAGUUGGUGCCUAUCCACAGAAUGUGUCGAAGGGAAGCUUUAACGUGCAGAUUUGUCGUUCUUCAAAUAAUUACGGGAAGAGAAGUAAGCCUUUUCGAAAACCAAAUUCGGGAAAAAGUAAAAGGAAGAGCACCUUAGAGUUGGUCCUUUAAUCCUUUAACUCCCAAGAUUUGAUUGUUAAUUCUCCCCUCUUGCUGCUACACAAUUCCUUGUAAAUUAGUUGCGAGAAUGUGGUGAAAGAUCAAGAUUACAACUUCUACCUGAUAAGUUUGAGUAUUCUCAUUAACUGUUUGCUAAAAUAGUGUGGAAAUUAUUUAGAGAAGUUACAUGUUAGUCACGUUAAAGGGUUAACUAAGGGCAAGCCAUAUUGUGUGAUGCAUUUCUGGAAAGGCGAAAUAAAGUUGUAUUUGGCAAAAGAUAAUGGCUAUGCCUACAUUUUUUUAUUUUAUUUACUGGCAAUUAAAAAAGCAUUUAAAGAAACAGCUGGUCGGUUGAUUUUAUGGGAUUCACACCAACAUAGGUAAAACAUAGCUACUACACAAAGAGAUGGUAUGAUGUCGUCUUCAUAUAGAUAUAAAUGAAAUAUUUAAUGAAAGGCAAUUUUAAAACAUAUUUUGGUAUGAAAAUAUUACCCAGAAAAGCACGCAUAAACUAUGCUCGAAUGAAUUCUAUCCCAACUUUUCUACUGAAAUGACAUAAACUUUCUUGAUGGCAGUUCAAUUCAACUUUUAAGUUGCUUAAAAGCAGUGUUGGUGAAGUUCGAUAAAAAAAAGAAAAAAAACCUCUCAAAAUAAAAAAAAUCGCCGGGUUGAAACAACUGCUUAUGGAGCCCAGGAUGGGAAAACCCUUAAAUUUCUUUGAAUAUUCACAUGAGAUCACAAAAGAAUAAACAAGAGAUGUAGAAGAGCUCAACCAUUUUUAUAACAUAGCUAGUAAACUUGUCUAAUCAAAUUAAAUUGCGCGAGCGUGCUUCAUAUUCCUAUUUUGCACGGACAUGACGUCAGCAAACAAAUCCCUUGAGAAACCCAUCGGGUUGAAAAUGUUAUAAAACAAUUGGUUCAAAGGAGCGUCAGAAAUGUCAUCCGCUCCUUUGCUCCUAUUAAACGAGUUUCAUACGUCAGGUCCCUUCCUCUGUCUUCUUUCAAAACCACAAGACAGGAGGGGGGGGGGGGUAUCUUCGUAUGAUUGAUACAUUUCGGAAACUACACGCGUAAACAAAAAAUUGUCCUUGAUACCACUGGGCGAAAAGUUGAGACCGUCCACGUUUCCGUGCCAUUUUUUACACGCUCGUCGCCGCCUGGAGUGGAAGUUUAGAGAUAAUCUCAAGCCACAGAGCAUACAAAUGGAAAUGAGUGGUUGAUUUUCCUGCUCUGUGCAUGUUAAAGAUUUGGAAUUACGCAUUAUCAUAAAAUUCAUUAUAUCACGUUUCUAGGGUUAUUGUCCUCUACAUCGAUAUUAAAUAGGAUAACUUAUGUCAUCUAAAUACAGGUGGGUAGUUUCAAUCCUUUGGUUCUGGGAGUAUCAAGGCUGACAGGAGAUCAAGAACCUCAACUUCCAACACAGAAUUUCUACUUUUUUUAAAACCUGGCAGAUGUAAGUAACUUUGAAAAAAAACUAGCCAGCUAAAUUUUAUUUAUGAGAUGAUUUAGUGAAGCAAUUCCAUGAAUAACGCCAUCAAUUUGUUAGUUAAGUAUAUAGAUGUCUAUGCAUCUACCUUAAUUUAUGAAGUCACUUGAUUUUUUAAUUACAAAUGCUCGAUUAUCGAAAUCCUUAGAAAAGAAAAAUUUCGGUCUUUUUCCUUGCCUCUUCCAUAGAACGUAAUCCUAUUUUUGUUCUGUUAAUGUCAUUUAUCAGGAGUCUAAAGAAUUUACAUUGUUUGAAUUAUCAUGGCCUGGUCGUUUGGUUAGGUUUGUUUUCAGUGGGAGGUAAGACAUUUUGUUCAUUAGAAAUAAUCGUUUAUCGUACAACUAUGAUAUCUUUCAAACACGGUUGUUAUCUGCGUUUUCUUAUUCUUAUAUUUGUUCAACAGCAAAUGCAGGCUCGUUACGAAUUCCUAUUGAGGGACAGCUUAUAUACGACAGUUCAUCAAAAACUGCAGAUCUCUGUCUGUCGCCGCUCAUGUGUCCAACGUGUGUUUUUGACGUUCUUUGUAAUCAGGGCGGAAUUAAUUCUAUGCAAGGAACAAAUAAUCCACCUUACUCAACCAACGCUUUACCGCUAACCACUGUGUCAACGACCCCAACAUCGUCGAGUACAGAGGCAGCCUCGACAGAGUCGCCCUCAACCACCGAAGCUACCACGCAGAGUGUUCCAACAACGGAGGAGCCGGCCAGUAGUACAACAGCAUCAAUCCCCUCGAGCAGCAGUAUCACUGAUCAUACCCCUUCCUCGGCAUCUGAGACAACUCUCCUCACAGAGGCAACAGAAGCAACCGACGGUGGUAAUCUAAGUCCUACAACAUCGGUCACGGUGUCAGCAGCAACGGUAGGCGGAGGAAUCGACGCGGAGGCAGGUAAUUAUGGGGAUUUCAUCGGAAAAAAAAUCUGACAUAGGGAACAAGUUGGACCUUGUGGUCUCCCCGAUAACACAAAUGAUCCACCUCACCAAUUUUUUUGUGAGGCUAGAGUUGAGGUACAUGAUAAAUGUGAAUUGUAGCUAUAUGUCCUCCUAUGUAUAAUGGUAGGGUUGUUCAGUUUUUGGCGAGGUUCAGUGUCCAAUUCAUUCGUCAUCAACAGGCAUACCAAAAUACCAGCGUUUAAUCGCUUUGCAAUGUCCUACCUGAAAACGCCUGCCUUUAAGAGACUUGUUCAAAUCGUUUAGAAAUAGAACGAGUGGAUACUAUAGUUCCUACUUGCAUAGCCUGAUUUGGUCUUUUUAGAUAUUCUCAAUUAAGUAAAAAAAGGUUAACCCCUUAAAUCAGUUCCUUUUUGCUUUGUUUUCUUACUCGUAGACGUUCUCCAAAAGGGAUUGGAUAAGCACAACUUUUAUCGCAGAAUACACAAAUCACCUGCUCUAAUUUUGAGCUCACAGUUGAACAGCGAUGCCCAGAAGACCGCUGAAAAAAGUGCAGCUCAGGGUAAACUUGUCCACACUGACGACUCGGAGUUGGGUGAUCAAGGAGAGAAUCUUGGCAAGUUGUGUGCCUCAGAUGAAACUCCGGAGGAGAUUAUAACUAAAGUUGUUGAGAGAUGGUGAGUAGAUUAUGAACAAAUCUUCUCCGAUCGACCUAGUAAAAUCCUAUGAAGAUUUCCAUAAACAUGAUGCUGCACGAAUCCUAAAAAUUAGAGACUUACUCGUGAUGAACAGAUAGGUCUACCUCAGUCGAAAAAAGGCAUAAUCUAAUCAGGAGCUUCUGAGCUCGUAGGUCACUUUCUUUGUGGAAUGUGGAAUGUUAUACAGGGAAACUUUGGUUUUAUUCCACUAUGCUAAGUGAUUGUCCUAAAAAGGAAAAAAUAUAUAGAUAUAUAUUAUCUAGUUGGAUAAUUUCCCUUUUUUUUUUACUUUUCCUUUUAAAAAUGCAUCCAUAUUUUGAGGAAAAACUCAUUUCUGGUUAGUUCUGGAACAACAAGGUCUAAGAAAAAAAAUUUUUUUUUCUUUCUUUUUCUUCGUACUGAAGGUAUAACGAGAUUUGUAAGUACGAUUUUAGCAAGCCAGAAUGGUCACCCUCAACUGGACAUUUUACACAGAUCGUUUGGGCCUCGACUUCACAACUCGGCCUCGGAUGGGCCACAAAAGAUGAAGACGGCUUCCUUUGUUAUUAUGUGGCAGGAAGAUACAGCCCUAGUGGAAAUAUUGACAACAAAUUUGAAGAAAACGUCAUGAAAGGAAGUUUCGACCCAUCAUACUGUUCGUCAAAAAGGCGAAAUCUUAAGAGUGUGCGAGAUGUGAUCUGGCCAAAAUGGUAUAACAUAAUUGUGAGAAGUCUCCACCAAUACUAAUUUAAUCAUAUUUUAAAACUAAGUAUAAUUCCUUUUUGAAAUAAUUUACUCUUCCUUUGUAACAAUUGACAUGAUAAGGAAAAAAAGAUGAGGUACAACUCAGUAAUUUACCCGAUCCUUUGUCGUUAUUAUAUACCACAAGCCGGGCUAUUCCUAAAAGUGACUAAUAAAUUGCUGUUUUAGAGACAAGUUUCUUAUAGACGACAUGAAAUACAAAUUUAUUUACCAUUGCCAUACUUUUGAAAUAAGUUAAUACAAAAUGCCAUCUUUAGACAAACACCAUAUCGGAAAUGAAUCAGUACGGUAUUAAGUCGAGUAAUUAUGUUACUUGAUGCUUUUAAGAGCGCUACAAUUGUCGUUUGAAAACUUGCCAAAUCAGCUACGCGUUGAACCGAAUUGGUCUGAAUUUUAUGGAAGAUUGGAUCAUCUGUAAGGGAGUUUCGUUCCAUUACAGUCACAUUAAUUACUACGAAAACAAAUUUCAGUUGAAAUAUUAUUGCCAUGGGUUGGGCUGAAAAGUGAAGAUCUAUUUGAUAGGGCGGAUUGCUCUUUUUGGGUGCGAAUUUGCAAUGGGAGGAAACCUCAAGACUACAAGUCACUAUGUAAAAGGAUGGCUAUCGAUGGACUGACUUCACCAGGAAAAAAUGUAACGAAAAUUUUCCCAUCAUCAGUGAUACCUGACUGUCGACGAUAUUGAUCAUCACCAUGAUUGACAACGAAUUUGUUUCUCAAUGACUUUAUGAUAAUGUUUCAAGGACCCAAUUUGAAGUUUGUCAAGCUCAAGGAAGGCUCUCUGAGGGUUUUAAAUCUAUAAGAACCAAAGUUUAUACACCAAGGCCAAAUGUAUGGUAGUCUAAUGAUACCAGCUUCACAUUACGGUGAUUAAUUGGGUCGUGCUAUAAGACUCAACAAUUCCUAAUCAGUCUAACUGAAGGAUAAAAAGUUGCUGUGUUACGUCUUCAUGUCGGCGUUGUAUCAAUUUAUUUGCGCUAGCAAGGAGAUGAAUUCUCUCUUUCCCUGGGAAAUAAAGUGUUACACUUCAUUUACUCAUUUAUUCGUGAAAUCACCCUGAGAUUUUAAGACUAGGUUGGCUCUUCAGAUAUAGAGAAACUGACCAAAACUUAGCUGGAAAAGGAGGUAUUGGCAAAUAAAUUCGUGUUUCGGGAAAUUUCGUUUUAUUCUAAUAUUUUUGUCAAACCAACUCUUCAAGACAUCCACCAGUUGACAAGGCAGAUACUUUUGCGACUGGUAUAUGAGCAGAGGUCUUGAGUUACUGAAUUCGGUCACAUGCUGAAUACCAGCGCCUUUCAAGUGAGCGUAGAGUUAAUAUUGAUGGUGGUUUUGUUCAAAUAUUUGCACAAAUUGAAACAAAAGCAAUUCAGUUAUUUGCAUUUUUGUGACGCCUUCCUGAAGCCUGGAGUAGGUAAGUUUUGAGGAGGAUGUGGCUUUUUCUGUUUUCCUGAGGCAAAAUCGAUACAUUUCCUGAGCUGUGACUUAUCUACCGCAAGGUUACUAAACGACUUCAUUUCGUAGCAGAUCUUGCUUUCCAGAAGUUUUUUUCUUAAAGCUUAAGGAAUGAACCGAAUUAGCCAUUAAGAGACAGCUACUAACGAUUUUUCCUUAAGUGUUAAAAAGUAGUGAAAACGUUUAAAUAACGAAAGUCUGAUUCAAAUUCUGAGGUGAUAGACGAGUAUUUCACGAAUUAGAAGAUUCAUUUGCUUUCCGUACAUCGUUUUACAUCUCCAGACAAAACAAAUGAAAUCUAACUUUACUUUGAGGGUGACGCAAUAAAUGUUUAAAUGUAUUGAGAAAAUUAAAAGUGGAAAAGGACAGAUUUAUCUCAAUGUCUCCCUCUCACAAAAAUUGUCAUUAUUCAAGACCACGAUACACAGUAUACUGGCAUGGGAACGUUUGAAAUGUCUUUGUGGUUUUAAAGUUACAGAUUUCGGACAAGUUGGGUGUUUAUGGUCGCCUUUCUAAAGGUGCCAAGUCUACGUCGAACAUCACUUCAUCUAGCCUAUGUGGAAUUUAAAAUGAUACCUGGAGCGUUACACAAAGCUGUGCAAAAAAGGCAUGAACUAAUUCUGAGAGUUAUUUCGCUGAAAUGCUCCAUCUCAAAAUCAUUUGUAUUUAAGCAUAGAUAAGAAUUUGUGUUUUUGUAUUUGAAUAAUCAACUUUACACCGAAAAGUUCUCUAUUCUCUUACGUAUAGCCAUCAUGAGCUGGCCUUUCAUUUUCCUGAUAAUUCAUGCAACAUAUGCCGCGAAUGGUAAGUUAAAAUUACAUUUAUAGUGUAAAGAUCGUUUUAUUCACUAUAAUAUUUAAUUAACAAGUACAGAGGAAGGAAUAGAUCUUUUUAAAGUUUUGUCAAGGCUAAACUCAAUUAAUUUUCCAUAAUAACUUUGAAUCAAUUUCGAACAAAAAUUAUAUUUAUCGUUGUCAAAAUUUCAGGGUUAUUGUUAUUAUUAUUAGUGGUGUUAGUCAUGGAUUACUAUCAUUAGUAUAUGUGCCACACUGUGUUGGUGAAAGGGGUGAAUAUUUACCUUGCUGCUUCGCGGUUGGGUAAAUAUCUACGACUAUUCUCCACUUCGGUGAAUAAUUGUCCACCAUUGUCAGCAAUAUCAUCAUUAUCUGUUGUUCAAUUAUCAACAUUAUAAUCUUAUCAAAAUCAUUAUUACUAUGUUUACUAUUACCAUUUUUAUUAUUACCAUUAAUAUCAUUAAAAACAAUGGGAAGGAUAAAGAAGGUAAACCUAUUGUGCCGUUAGGCCCUUUCAAAAUCUUAAAGAAAAUUUUAUUUUCCUUUCCCACACCAAGACUCAAACGGUUUUAAGUUAAUAAGAGGAAUAAAACAUUCGAAGUAAUAUUUAAAAUAAAUUCAAAGUGUGUUUCUGCUUUGGGACCCAAAAUUUGUAUAUUCAGAUAAAACUGACAUACUCUUAUCCUGAGUAGAUUUCUGAUACUGUUCCUAACUCUCGUUGUUUUAUUUUCAUAUUAUUUUUCACGUUGUUGUCAUUUGCUGGAAACAAAGUUAAUAAAUGCAUCUAUAGGAAGCAUCCACAAAAUUCAACUAUGUAAUGAGCAUACUUUUAAAUUCGCAGAAUUUACAAUCCAAGGAAACGGUUCAUAUGAAGCUGGGAAAUUAAAAGUAGACCUUCACCUUGAGUCGAAUUUGAGCUUAACAGCUAAGACAACUGUUCCCCCAACUUCAAUGGUGAAAACUCUUGCUCCUACUAUAAACGCGACAACAAUUUCUCCAUCUGAAACAAUUCCCCCCUCUACGCUACCUUCAACACCGGUUCCUACCGUAAAUUCUACGACGAUUGGGUCCGUGACAGGGAACCCACCGACACCUACACCAACAACAACAAGCGCAACAGUGAAUGUCACUACCCCAACACAUGUACCAGAGUAUCUUGAUGGAAAACUUUCAACAAACUCCGAGCCAUGUAAGUAAAAUAUUCAACCCACAUCAGUCGAGAACAUUCAAAUGUAGCAACAUAUUUCAGUUCGUAGCGUCCAUUAACCUUUUCAUACAUCAUCAAUGGAUAAACCCUUUUCGAAAUGGCAGUGGGUCGGGCAGUGACAACUUUAGUAAUAGUGGCAAGGUUAGCUGUGGGAGAUGACCCCAGAAAUAUUACGACAUCGGCAUCGGAAAAAGUUGAGAGGGGUUAGCGGCGAUGGGUUGGAAAAAGUUUAGAGGGGUUAGCGGCGAUCGGAAUAGAGUAUUGGAGAGAGUGGAAUGGAUAGUGGAGGUAGCAAUAGUAUUGGUGACAGAGGUGAGAAGCUCAUUUGGUGACAGUGGAAGUGGCAGUGGUAGCAGAGGGCAAUAUAGAGGCCACGGUGGUGGUCUGAGACAGGUGCAAUCGAAAUAAGGGUUUUGAAAAGGAAAUAAGCUUAGAACAACUCCCUAACCAUGAGCUUGGAUUUAGUUUCAGCUUUAGAUCGUACAGCCCUAGAGCUUCACAAUUACUAUCGUUCUAUCCACGAGGCGCCUCUCCUGACCCUCGAUACAAACCUCCGAAAAGAUGCUCAAGAAUAUGCUCUCAAAGUUGCUAGAAGUCAAAUGCUACGCCCAGAACAAAAUUUUGUACUCAAUUCUAAAAACGAAGGUGAAAACCUGGGAUUUAGAUGCUCGACAACACGACCUGAUCCUGGAAAAUCUUUGAGACAGAUAAUGAAGCGAUGGUAAGAAAUCCUCGGGCUACUGACCCUAACGUCUUUUAAAUCUUGUCUUCUCGUACUUUUUCCCGUCUAUGACCCUAGUUUCCCCUCAUUUUUCAUAUUUACCGACUCAGGUGUGUAUACUGUCUCCAGUAGAAUUGUUUCUUGCGCUCCUCUUCAUUGUCAAUGAUUGGAUACGUUAUAAAUUUAGUGAUGUGACCGUCAAACCCAACAAAUUACAAUUUGAAAAAACUUCCCUUAAAAAAAUAUAUUAACAAAAGAAUUCUGAAUGUUUUAGAACAUUUGCGGUAUAGCACAAUGUUGAGUGUCUCGUUAAAAAAGUAGAACUCGAUGAGGACCGAGAUAAAUAUAAAAUUAUUCAUUCAAUUUAAUUUAUUUCUCCUCAGGUAUGACGAAGGUUGCCAAUACAACUUUCAAGCACCAUCGACAGAUAGGUAUUCCUUCAGACAUUUUACACAAAUGACGUGGAAUGGAAGCAAAAGGCUGGGCGUUGGCAUCACCUAUGGGAAAAUCAACAAUCUGCAUUGCCUGUAUUUCGUCGCACGUUAUAGACCCCGCGGAAACCUGGGAAACAAGCUCAUAUAUAUCAAUAACGUGAAGAAAGGAGUUUUUGAUUCGUCUUUUUGCAGACCAAUAGCAAAUCAAUCGCCUAACCAAGAAGUUAUUUUGAAAGAAUAA